AGUGGCCAGAACAGUUUUGUACUUCAAUUGACGACCUUUUGGAGGGUGUGAAUCAGCAACAACAUUACAAGAAAGAAGGCCAUCGUAGUCUUUUCUGUUCUCGUCGUCAGCGCCGUAAGUGCCACUCCACACCUUACGUGUUGAGGACACGGCACUCUAAUCCAACUGAGCUGUGCCACUUCACGCUUCGCGCUUUGAUCCUUUCUCUGUUUGUCGUCUUAAAUCAGAACAGAGGAAGCGGGCCAAUCGUGUACUUUCUGAAGCGGUAGUGGUGAUCUGGCUGGCCUAAAACUUUGGGAAAUUCAAGAAGACCUGCGCAGUGAAUGCGUUGUUAGUGAGCGAAGACAAGGUUUUUUUUUCUCUUUGUCAGAGAAUAAAUUAUAGCUUUGAUUUGCCCUUUGUAUCCUUCUGUGAUGGCACUUAGCGCGUCCGCGACGGCGCAGUUCGUGCAACCGCUGUUGGACAAGCCUGUGGAGAUCACCUCCAUCAAGUACGGUCUCCUCUCCGAUGAGGCCAUCCACCGCCUCUCCGUGCUGCCGUGCCACCGCGUCAUCGGCAAUGAGAAAAACUUCGGCGUCAACGACGGCCGUCUCGGCCCGAGCGAUCGUCAGUCCGUCUGCACCACCUGCGGGCAGCGCAGCACCGAGUGCACCGGACACGCCGGCCACAUUAACCUUGAGGCACCAGUGUUUCACCUUGGCUAUUUCUCCACGGUGAUCCGAGUGUGUCGCACCGUCUGCAAGCGCUGCUCCAACGUGCUCCUCACGCGGGGGGAGCGGGACUACUACCUUCGCCGCCUGCGGUCGACCACCCUCGAGCCACAGCAACGGACCGCGCUCAUCAAGACAAUCCAGGAAGACGCCUACAAGACGCGUGUGUGCCUCGUGUGCGGUGGGUUGAACGGGACGGUGCGCCGCGUGCGGCCGAUGCGCAUUGUGCAUGAGAAGUAUCUCGUGGAACCGCGCCGCGGUGAGCAGGCGAACGAGGACCGCGAGGAGUUCCUUCAAGAUGAACUGCGCUCGGCGGUACUGCACAACGCCGAUGUAGGCUCGCAUAAGGAGUACAUUCACGAGUUUCUGCACCCGCAGCGUGUAAAGGAACUAUUCGAAGCUAUUCCUCUUGAUCAGGUUCCAUUGUUGGGGCUGCAGCCAGGGACCAAUCCAUGUAGCCUGUUGAUCAGCACGCUGCUGGUGCCCCCCGUCUGUGUGCGACCACGAGGCAUGUCCAUGACAAACCACAUUCGCGAGGACGACCUGACGACGCAGUACAACGAAAUCCUUAUCUGCUCUGACAUGAUGAACGACGGCACGAACGACGCCGCGCGCAGUGUGGAGACGUGGGAGCUGCUGCAGACACGUGUGGCACGGCUGCUGGACGCGGCGUUGCCCGGAUUCCCCUCGCACCUGCGCACAGUGGAGUGCAAGUCUUUCGCGCAGCGCAUGAAGGGUAAGCAGGGCCGCUUCCGCGGUAACUUAAGCGGCAAGCGCGUUGAUUUUUCAGGUCGGUCAGUCAUCUCACCCGACCCGAAUCUGCGCAUUGACGAACUGGCCGUCCCACUGCGUGUGGCGCGGGUGCUGACCUAUCCCCAGCGCGUCUUUGCAGGGAACAUCCAGCUGAUGCGUCGGCUGGUGCGCAAUGGCCCGUACGUACACCCCGGUGCGCUGACCGUCUAUUUGUCCAAAGAGCGCUCCCGCAAGUCGUUGCGCAACGCACGCGACCGCGAGGCCAUCGCCGCCCGACUCAGCAUCGGCGACAUCGUAGAACGCCACGUGAUGAACGGCGACUACGUCCUCUUUAACCGCCAGCCUUCCCUCCAUCGCAUUUCGUUGAUGGCACAUCGCGCGCGUGUGCUGCCUUUCCGCACCUUCCGCUUCAACGAGUGCUGCUGUGCGCCGUACAACGCCGAUUUUGACGGUGAUGAGAUGAACAUCCACGUGGUGCAGACGGAGGAGGCCCGCGCGGAGGCGAAGGAGUUGAUGCUCACCGCCCACAACAUCAUCACGGCGAAGAACGGCGAGCCGAUCAUCGCCUGCACACAGGAUUUCUUAACGGCUGCGUACCUGGUCACGGCGCGUGACGCGCUCUUCGAUCGUGCGUCUUUCACGCAAAUGGUCUCGCACUGGCUGGGUGCGGAGACGCAGUACGCGCUACCGGUCCCUGCCAUUUUGAAGCCUGCGGAGCUGUGGACGGGGAAGCAGCUGAUCGAGCUGAUCCUGCGCCCGUCCCCUGAGACACAACUCUUGCUGAAUUUGGAGGCGAAGACCCGCUUCUACUCCGGCGCCGGCGCGCACGACGACCCGGCGGAAGGUUACGUGGCUUUCUUGGACUCCGUGCUUAUCUCCGGCCGUUUGGACAAGAAGCUGCUCGGUGGAGGCGCUAAGGACGGUCUCUUCGCGCGCCUCUACGCCCUCAGCGGGGGUGAGCAGACGGCCACCUGCAUGACCCGCAUUGCACAGUUCACCUCGCGGUAUCUGCAGAACUACGGCUUCUCCCUUGGCCUCGGCGACGUCUCCCCAACGCCGUCGCUGAACAAGAAGAAGGCGGUUGUCCUGGCCGAGUCGUUUGAGCGGUGCGAGCGCAUGAUCUCGCUGGCCAAGACGGGCCGGCUGAUCCCGAAACCCGGUAUGACGGUGAAGCAGAGUUUGGAAUCGAUGCUAAACAGCGAGCUCUCGCAGGUGCGUGACGCGUGCGGCUCAGCUGCCGUGCAGGCUCUUGACGCCAAGUCGAACGCUCCGCUGAUCAUGGUGAAUUCCGGCAGUAAAGGUAGCGCGCUCAACACCGCGCAAAUGAUGGCGUGUGUGGGCCAGCAGACGGUGAGUGGGAAGCGCAUCAUGAACGCGUUUCAGGACCGCGCGCUGCCGCACUUCGCACGUUUUGCCGAAGACCCGGCCUCGCGUGGCUUUGUGGCGAGCUCCUUCUACUCCGGCCUCUCACCGACGGAGUUCUUCUUCCACAGCAUGGCGGGUCGCGAGGGCAUCGUCGACACCGCGGUGAAGACGGCGGAGACGGGCUACAUUUACCGCCGUCUGAGUAAGGCGAUGGAAAACCUGAGCGUCGGCUACGACGCCUCGGUGCGCAGCGUGCAGGGCGGCAUCGUGCAGCUCUGCUACGGCGAGGACGGCAUGGACCCGUGGCUGAUGGAGGGGAUGCACGGGACGCCGCUGAACUUGGAGCAGGAGUGGCUGAGCAACCGCGCCGCCUACGCCCGUUUCCGCACGCAGGUGGAGGCGGUGUUACGCGGGCCGGUGUCGAAGGCCGAGCAUACCGCGUCAGACUCACUUCUACGUGAGUAUGCAGCACUGUACGCGGAGUGGCACGCAGUGUCGCUGCUGCCAAGUGAAGUGGAAAGCUUUGUGCUGCGCUGCUUGCACGGGGAGGCGGCGACUCUGGCGGCGUGCGGGCGUGUGUUGGAGGCCGAGAACGCCAUCCGUCAGGGCGGUGCGUCGAUGUCGCGUGUCGCGCACAUGAAACUAUCCUCAUCUUCCACCGAGUUGGGUGGCCUGCGGGUUCUGCAGUUUUUUGCUCAGCACGGCACCGAGAAACUGCGAGGCGACUUCCAAGCCUUCUUCCACAAGAAGCAGGGGGAGCUGGUACGGCUUCGCGAGAAGCUCCAACUGCCCACGAACGCGCACGUAGGGACGCAGGACAGCCGUGCGGCGAUCACAGCACCGGAUAAAGCAUCACGCAACACGAAGCGCAAGGCCGCGCACCCCGGCGAGGGCGCCGUCGCCGUCAAUGCUAAGGAAAAGGCGACAACAGCGGCGGCAGCGGCAGCAGAGAUCCACGCUUUUGCCGAGUCUCUUCAGACGGAGCUGCUGCCGUUGACACGAGGCAUGCUGCUACACUUUCUCACGGCGUGUGCGCGGAAGCUGCAGCGGAAGCUGUGCGAGCCCGGCACCCCGUGCGGCGCCAUCGCUGCCCAGUCCGUCGGCGAGCCCAGCACGCAAAUGACGCUUCGCACGUUUCACUUUGCUGGCGUGGCGAGCAUGAGCAUCACGCAGGGUGUGCCACGUCUUGUCGAGGUGAUCAACUCGAACAAGAACAUCGCCACCCCCGUCAUCACCGCCCCCAUUAAGUUAGAGGAUGACUUCACCGCGAUGGAUCUCGGGAACGGAAGCCGCACGCCGUACCAGGCAGCGCGUGCGGUGAAGGGUUUAAUGGAGCGCGUGCUACUGAAGGAGGUGACGCGGGAGAUGGUCGAGGUCGUCACGCCGCGCCAGUACUAUAUUCAAAUCUUUCUUGACUUGGAUUUGAUUCGACGCCUAAUGCUGCCAAUCGACGCGGCCGUCGUGUGUCAGCGCCUCUACGCCGCUGCUGCGCGUCCCAUGUCUCCUCUGCGGCACCUGUCGGAAGGCUGUGUUCAAGUGAUCAGCCGGGACUGCUUGAUUGUGAUGCCCUACGAGAAGGACCCGUCCCGAGUCUACUUCAACAUCCAGCAUCUACUGACGUUGCUGCCCGAGCUGGUCGUCGGCGGCGUGCUCGGCGUGAAUCGAGUGAUGAUCGCGGAUAAGGGCGCGAAGCUGCUCGCAGAGGGCGCCGAGCUGCUCUCGGUGAUGUCGCUACCUUAUGUGGACGGCAUUCACACCACCUGCAACCACGUCGCCGUGGUCGAGCGUGCUCUCGGCAUCGAGGCGGCGCGUGAGACCAUCGUGAAGGAAAUCACGAGCAUCCUGCAGGCCUACUCACUGAACAUCGACAUUCGACACAUCUACCUGCUCGCCGACGUCAUGACGAGCCGGGGCGUGGUGCUGGGCAUUACCCGGUACGGUAUUCAGAAGAUGAACAACAACGUCCUCACCAUGGCCUCGUUUGAGCGCACCACGGAGCACCUGUACAACGCCGCCGUCGCGGAGCGCGAGGACGUCAACCUUAGCGUGUCGGAGAGCAUUAUCAUCGGGAAGCCCAUCCCACUCGGCACGAGCAGCUUCAACGUGUUGCUCGACAAGGGCAGCGUCGCACCGCCGGGCUGCAACACGGGACGGAUGGCGACACCGUCUGCCGCGGAGGCCGCCGCCGGUCUGUCCGCGGCUGCAGCGGCGAAGCGCAACGUCGGGAGGUCGGGCGCGAAGGUUGAGCUGACACCCAAAGAAGUGUACCUGCGCAACUCCUAUGCGGCCUGUGCGGCGGCGUCGUCGCGCGGCGUGAACGGCUACCACCAUCGUACUCCGCACGGCAACUACGCAUCGCGGCCGCUUUCCGCGGAGGGUGUGUUUCAGCUGGAUCUCUUUUCAUAG